ACUGCAUUCUUCAGAAUGAAAACUUCAAUCAUAGAAAAAGAAAGUUUUGUGAUUCUAUGAUUGGUUCAACGUCAAGUGUCUACCAACCUUUUCGUUCUCUUUACUCGUUUGAAAUGUCUGAAUAUUUAGCUUGAAGGACCAAGUUCUUUCACCAUGGGUAUCAGCCGAGAUCAUUGGCAUAAGAGGAGAGCCACUGGUGGCAAAAGGAAGCCUCUACGUAAGAAGAGGAAAUUCGAAUUAGGUAGGCCAUCUGCUCAGACCAAGUUGGGGUCUAGAAGAAUACGUUAUGUACGUACUAGAGGAGGUAAUUUGAAAUACCGUGCUCUAAGGUUGGACACAGGAAAUUUCGCAUGGGGUAGUGAAGGAUGUGCUCGUAAAACCAGGAUCAUUGAUGUUGUUUACAACGCCAGUAACAAUGAAUUGGUCCGUACCAAGACCUUAGUUAAGAAUUGUAUUGUUGUCAUUGAUGCAACUCCGUUCAGGCAAUAUUAUGAAAGUCAUUAUAUGCUACCUUUGGGACGCAAGAAGGGAGCUAAAUUGACUCCUGAAGAAGAAGCCGUUUUCAAUAAGAAAAUGUCCAAAAAGAUAGAGAAGAAAUAUGAAAUAAGAAAGAAGACUGCCAAAGUAGAACCAGGCAUCGAAGAACAAUUCUUAACUGGUAGAUUAUUAGCAUGUUUAGCUUCUAGACCUGGACAAUGUGGACGUGCUGAUGGCUAUGUUCUGGAAGGCAAAGAACUAGAGUUUUACAUCAAGAAAAUAAAGUCGAAAAAGUCUAAGUAAAGAUGAAUAAAAUAUGAUUUAUCAUUA